CGCAGUGAUCCUGAAAGAGCGAAGUACAAGAAGGAGAGACGAAGAAAAAGUGACAGUGGCAGAGGAACGGUCGGACGGACGCAUAGCAGGACUAAGAGGAGGGGGCUGGGGCGCUGGACAAACACACAGAGAGGAGGGCGAGACAGGUGCUGACACGGGAGAUCUGCACAGGAGAGGACAGAGGGACGGCGGCGAGGAGGAGGGAUGCUGCUGCUGCUGGUUAUAUAGCCCAGCCUUGCGCCAAGGCGAACGCCAUGCAGACCUUUCUGAUUUGUACCACCCAGUGAUGCAGGAACGUCCUUGAUUCAUCUACAUACCCAUUCCAGCAUGCCUUCCUUUUUCCCCACCCCUACCCCCAAUUCCUCAAUCCCCACCUUUCCCUUAACAGGUUUGUCGUGCCAACUGGAUGAGUCCUACAAGCAUAUAUUCCUACCAACCUGUUACAUCCUCACCUUCCUGCUGAGCCUAGCUCUGAACUCCAUUGUCCUCUCCCGAUGUCUACGCCGACCAUGGAACCCAUCGCUGGUCUACAUGUUCAAUUUGGCAUUGAGCGACCUCAUGUACAGCUUAUCCCUGCCAUUCCUCAUCACAAACUAUAUUUCCCGUGACCGCUGGCUCUUCGGGGACCCCAUGUGUCGCUUAGUCCGCUUCCUGUUCUACUUCAAUCUCUACUGCAGCAUCUUCUUUUUAACCUGCAUCUCCUUCCAUCGCUACCUUGGUAUCUGCCACCCUAUGCGUUCAAUGAGAUUGGAAGCUAUGCGUUGGGUGAGGACCACCUGUUUGCUAGUGUGGGCCUUGGUAUUUGCCAUGACCUUUCCAAUACUGCUCUUCGCUCGGACGGGACCACUGGACAGUAACAUAGUAACCUGCUGGGAUGACGCCCUUGAUGAGGACCUUCAACGUUACAUGCCUUAUGGACUCUUUUUGCACGUAGCUGGCUUCUUCUUACCCUUUUCAUUAACUGCCUGGUGCUACUCAAGAGUGGUACGCACCAUCUGGCUAACUUUACGUGGGGGUGGGGUACCAGGGCCCGUUCCUGGCGUAGCCCAGCGGCGCAAGUCAAUCCGGACCAUCGUCACCAUCACCCUACUGUUCGCCCUCUGCUUCCUUCCUUUCCACAUAACCCGCACAAUUUUCUUGACCAUGAGGGCAAGCGGAGCUGCCCUAGGUGGAUGCCGUGCCUUAGGGGUGGUGGCAGUUUGUUACAAGGUCACCAGACCUCUAGCAAGCGCCAACUCCUUUCUUAAUGCUCUUCUAUAUUUUUUGACCAAGGAACCCUGUGGACGAGGAAUAUGGGGCAGAAAAGACAGAGAACAAAUAGGGAAAGUGGAAAAAAAGAGACCGGCCAAGGGAGACGGAGACUGGGGCAACAUCUAUCCCCGAUUUCACUAGCGCUA